UUAUAUAAUAGUGUGUGUGUGACAGGAACUAUAUAUCUUGCUUCUCAAUUUCUGCGAGCUGCUGUGAAAUUCGUAAAAAUGUCUAUUAGUAAAAUAAUUAUCCGAACUUUUUCUGCGUCGUCUGUCACACAACAGCUGGUGAAGCCUCCAAUUCAAGUUUUUGGUUUAGAAGGCAGAUAUGCAACAGCUCUUUACUCAGCUGCAUCUAAACAAAAAGCUUUAGAUGCAGUAGAAAAGGAUUUGGUGACUUUUCAGGGUCUCUUGAAAACAGACAUAAAAUUAAGAGACUUUGUGAAGGAUCCUUCAAUAAAACGAAAAGAUAAGGCAGAAGCUUUUAAAGCUAUUGGAAGCAAAGUUAACUUAAAUCCAGCUACUGCAAAUCUGUUGACAAUACUUGCGGAGAAUGGCCGACUGACAAAAGUCAAUCAAAUCAUUAAUUUGUAUAAACUAAUUAUGGCUGCUAACAGAGGAGAGGUGGUAUGCGAAGUUGUUACUGCAAAACCACUUGAUGCAGAUACAAAGAGUAAAUUGGAAUCAGCUCUAAAAGGUUUCUUAAAGAAAGGUCAAACUAUCUUACUCACUGCUAAAGUAGAUCCUUCAAUUAUUGGCGGCAUGGUGGUCUCAAUAGGUGACAAAUAUGUUGAUAUGAGUGUUGCUAGUAAAAUUAAAAAAUACACUGAUCUCAUUCAAGCCACAGCAUAAUCAAGAUCAGUUAUGUAAAAUAAUGAAAUAAAUUAUUCUUUAUUUACACAGAAAUA